GCCGUCGUGAUCUGUGCGUUUGAUGCAGCUGUUCAUAAGAUACUUGUUCUCGCCCUGGUCUUCUUCGUCUCGUCGUAUCUCCUGUCUUGAUCCAUUGUUCACUUACUGAUUGUGGAUUGCUGGCUUCCCCGUUCGUGCGGUGCUGUUAUCAUAUUGAUCCUUGCACCACGCCAUCGCCGUGGACAAUCACAUCAUCAUCUUCAUCAUCAUCAUCACUAUACCAAUCCCAGACUCGUCCAUCAUUGAUCUAUCGCAAACAUGUCGACCACCACAGACACCUACCAGGCGACGCAGAACAACGCGAAUUUGACUGCUCCCGCCCCCAAUGCUAUGGGCGUCCACGAUCCCUUGGAGAAGGAUUUCGAGAACGGUAUGUGUGACACUCACGCAGGCAAGCCGGGGAACUUGAGCGCCAGCAGCGCAACCAUGAGCUCGCAAGGUUAUCAUCUGGACAACAACAUGGACCCAGACACGGCGUUGAGGAAGAUCCAGACAUCGGGCAGCAUCUCCAUCUCACCCGAGCUCUUUGAGAAGAUUUACCUGUCGCCUCAGAACAAGGUCGCGGGAGAUUUGCGAAAGACAUUCGGUAACCCGACACCUCUCGCUCUGGUCGGUUUCUUGCUCUGCCUCAGCCCAUUGUCUUGCGACUUGAUGGGAUGGAGGGGAGCGGGCGGUAAUGGCGCAGCAUCCACGGGCGUCUACUUCUUCUUUGGUGGCCUCCUCAUGAUUCUGGGUGGUUUCGGAGAGUUCAUUCUCGGCAACACCUUCCCCUUUGUCGUCUUCUCCUCGUUUGGCGCCUUCUGGCUCGCCUUCGCCGCCACCCUGCAGCCCUUCUACAACGCCUAUGGCGCAUAUUCUCCCGACCCGACCAUGCCAGGUGAAGGGUUGAACACGGUGGGAUUCAAUGCCUCAUUCGCCUUCUUCCUCGUAUUCAUGGGUGUCUUGUGCUUCCUGUACAUGGUGCUCUCCGUCCGAACCAACCUGGUCUUCUUCCUCAUCUUCUUAUCCCUCGUGCCCGCCUUCGGCCUGCUCGCAGGCGCAUACUGGACGCUCGCCAAAGCAGCAGAGGCCACGGCGGCCGGAAACACGGCGUCGGCCGCGAGCCACAUGUCGAAUGCCAACACCUACACCAUCACGGCCGGCGCCUUUACGUUUGUUACCUGCAUGUUGGGCUGGUACAUUUUCUUCGCCAUCAUGCUCGCCGCCCUCGACUUUCCCUUUCAACUUCCCGUCGUUGACUUGUCGCGCUUUGUCAAGGGUGCGUCGGAUCGGGCCAAGGCGAAGAAGCAGUAUGAGGCUUAGAAGAGGCGAAUGGGAAUUUUUGGUUGUUGUUGAUGUUGAUGAUGAUGAUGAUGUUGUAAAUAAUAAUAUGAUGAAUGAUACCACACUGCACGAUGUUUAUGAGCAGGAAAAGAAAAAGAGGAAAAGUAGGUAAGGUAGGGUAGAAUUGGAAGAUUCUCCCCGAAAAAGAAUGAAGAGAC